AUGGCAAGCUCCACCGACGCCCUGCCGCCUGAGUUCCUUCAGAGGGCUCAGCAAGGUGGCAUCGUCGUCACGGAGAUACCCAAAUUGGAUUUGGAGUCCUACAUACAGAACUACAGAGGCCGUACCAGACUCGACAGACUCCUGAAUAUCGCCCGAACGUCAACAGUACUCAGCGUCGAUGCUCUGAAGCUUGCCAUCAACGAGGUGGUCUCUGGGGGAAGAGAUGUUCAGCUCUACCAGGAUGCCCAUGAACUACUUCGUGCCCUUGGACGCGACGAGCCGGAGGCUAAGUACAACGCUGCUUGGGUCAGUGAGAUGGAGAAGGCAAACCGAUCAGAAACGCAUCAUCUCGAGGCGGAGCUUAAAAAGUACAAGAACAAUCUUGUGAAGGAGUCUAUCAGGAUGGGCAACGAGGAUCUUGGAAAGCACUUUGAGAGAAUCGGUGAAUUGUCCCUUGCAUAUGACGCCUAUUCCAAAUGCCGAGCCGACGUGAGCUCCGCAAAGCACAUUAUCGAGGUUGGAUUGCACCUCGCCCGCUUGUCUGUCUACCGCCGUGACUGGCCUUCCGUCACGGCCAAUGUGAACAAGAUAAGCGGCCUGCAGUCUGAUGGUGCCGGUGUUGCGGACAAGACUCAACAAACGAUAUGCAAUAUCCUUUACGGAAUCGCUUUCCUCGGCCAGGCCAAGUAUCCUGAGGCAGCACGAAGCUUCCUCCAGGUCGACCCCGCCGUCACUCCCGACAGUUACGACAAGUUUGCCAGCCCCAACGACGUCGCAGUCUACGGGGGACUGCUGGCUCUGGCUACUAUGAGCCGACCAGAGCUCAGCGGAGUGCUGGAAACCCCAGGCUUCCGCACAUUUCUCGAGCUCGAGCCCCACAUUCGUAGGGCCAUCUCUCAGUUCGUCAAUGGCAGAUAUUCGGCCUGCUUGUCCAUUCUUGAGUCUUACCGCACAGACUACCUCCUCGACAUCAACCUGCAGCCCCACCUCAAGCAGUUGUACACUGUCAUCCGUGGCAAGUGCAUCUUCAACUUUGUUCAGCCCUUCUCUUGCGUCACAAUCGACAACCUGAACGCCGCAUUUGCCCCUGCCGGCGAAUCUAUCGACCAAGAGCUGGUGGAGAUGAUUGGAAAUGGCACUCUGGAUGCUCGCAUUGACACCAUCGACAGAGUCGUUACCAUCGCCUCUCCGAAUCCCCGUGCAAAGAUGCAAGCGGCGUCUCUAACUGCUGCAAAGACUUACGAGAAGGAGGCCCUUGAUCGCAUCCGCCGCAUUGGCAUUGUGUCUGCAGAUCUUGAGGUCAAGGGAAAGCACAAGGGUCAGGGAGCAGGCGCUUUUGGGUCGUUCCAGGCUACAGGCGCGAGGUUUGGAGAUGGCACAAGUGACGGCUCGAUUGACGACUAUUCGGGAUUACAACCCCAAGGGCCAUCUUCAUUCGUGAUGAGCGACCUGAUUCAUGAGUGA